AUGAGGAGGUCAACUACAUACAGUUCGUAUUAUUAUGCACGCUCUUUUAAAGUUAUCUAUCUAUCUAUCUAUCUAUCUAUCUAUCUAUCUUCAGUCUGUUCACAUUUCUCUCUCCAUGUUUCUCUCUUUCGAUCUAUCUAUCUAUCUAUCUAUCUAUCUAUCUAUCUAUCUAUCUAUCUAUCUAUCUUCAGUCUGUUCACAUUACUCUCUCCAUCUAUCUAUCUAUCUAUCUAUCUAUCUAUCUAUCUAUCUAUCUAUCUAUCUAUCUAUCUUCAGUCUGUUCACAUUUCUCUCUCCAUCUUUCGAUCUAUCUAUCUAUCUAUCUAUCUAUCUAUCUUCAGUCUGUUCACAUUUCUCUCUCCUUCCUUCCGAUCUAUCUUUAUCUAUCUAUCUAUCUAUCUAUCUAUCUAUCUAUCUAUCUAUCUAUCUAUGAACUUUGGACAUCUAUCUAUCUAUCUAUCUAUCUAUCUAUCUAUCUAUCUAUCUAUCUAUCUAUCUAUCUAUCUUUCAUUCUGUUCAUAUCUAUCUAUCUAUCUAUCUAUCUAUCUAUCUAUCUAUCUAUCUAUAUUUCAUUCUGUUCAUAUCUAUCUAUCUAUCUAUCUAUCUAUCUAUCUAUCUUUCAUUCUGUUCAUAUCUAUCUAUCUAUCUAUCUAUCUAUCUAUCGAUCGAUCGAUCGAUCUAUAUAUCUCAUUAUAUCUAUUUCAUUCUGUGCACAUCGAUCUAUCUAUCUAUUUAUCUCUCUCUCUCUCUCUUCUCUCUCUCUCUAUAUAUAUAUAUAUAUAUAUAUAUAUAUAUAUAUAUAUAUAUAUUUCAUUCUGUUCACAUGUAUCUAUCUAUCUGUCCGUCUGUCCAUCUAUCUGUCUCUCUAUCUAUCGAUCGAUCAAUCUAUGCAUUUCAUUAUGUUCACAUUUAUCUCAUUCUGUUCACAUCUAUCUAUCUAUCUAUCUAUCUAUCUAUCUAUCUAUCUAUCGAUCGAUCGAUUGA